CUGGCGGGCGCCCUGCCCUCCACCAUGAACCACGAACGGAGCCUGCAGAACAACGCGGUGGCCUGGCUGGUCUGCUCAGGCUUGGCGGUGCUGGCCAACGCUUGGGGCAUCCUGAGCAUCAGCGCCAAGCAGAAGAAAUGGAAGCCGCUGGAGUUCCUCAUCUGCACCCUGGCGGGGACCCACAUCCUCAACAUCUCCGUGCCCAUCACCAUGUACUCGGUCAUCCAGCUGCGCCAGCAGCACUCGGACUACGAGUGGAACGAGGGCCUCUGCAAAGUCUUCGUCUCCACCUUCUACACCUUGACGUUGGCCACCUGCUUCUCCGUCACCUCGCUCUCCUAUCACCGGAUGUGGAUGGUCCGUUGGCCGGUUAACUACAGAUUGAGCAAUACCAAGAAGCAAGCGGUCCACACGGUGAUGGGCAUCUGGAUGGUCUCCUUCAUCCUCUCCACGCUGCCCGCCGUGGGCUGGCACGACACCACCGAGAGGUUCUACGCCAGCGACUGCCGUUUCAUCGUCACGGAAAUCGGUCUCGGCUUUGGCGUCUGCUUCCUGCUCCUCAUCAGCGGCAGCGUGGCCAUGGGAGUGGUCUGCGUGGCCAUCGCCCUCUUCCAGACCUUCUCCAUCCAAGCGGGCAACAACCUGGACAAGAACAAGUUCAACGUGCCCACCAUCGUGGUGGAGGACGCCCAGGGCAAGCGCCGCUCCUCCAUCGACGGAUCCGAACCCAUCAAGACUUCUCUCCAGAUCACCUACCUGAUCACCGGCAUCGUUUUCCUCUACGAUUUCCUGAUGGGGUUUCCUGUCUUGGUGGUGAGUUUUGCCAGCCUGAAGUCGGACGUGGCCCACGACUGGAUGAUCCUGUGCAUCCUCUGGUGCUCCGUGGCCCAGUCCCUUCUCCUGCCCUUGUUCCUUUGGGCCUGCGAUCGCUACCGGGCCGAUGUCCGCUCGGUCUGGGAGAAGUGCGUGGCCAUCAUGUCCAACGACGGCGGAGAAGAGACCAGCUUGGGCCGGCCGGUCUCCACGGACGCGAUGUACUCGCCAACCUUUCCCGACAGCCUCUCGGGCGACGUUCUCACGGUGGACCAGAUCACCAGCUAUGACCUGUCGGCCCUGGAGCGAGGGAUCCCUCAGGUCUACGCCACGAAGCCCGUCUCGGAGGACAAAAUGCAGUAUCUCCAGGUCCCUCCGACCAGGCGUUUCUCGCACGACGAAACUGAGAUUUGGACCACCAGCCAGAUUUCGGCCUACUUUCAGCACUGGGUGGCAGGAGAGGACAUCACCGCCGAACUGGCAAGCCUGCUCCUCCCUCAGCCUCGCUAUGACCGGCGGAGGACCAGCGGCCUAUCCUACCAGGAGGAACGGCGUCCCCACCGGAAGCGCCGGAAGUCGGCUGAGAGCCCGUUAUCCCUCAAGCCCUUCUCCUGCGAAGACCUCCACCAGCAGGGAGGCUACAAGUGCUUCAGCAAAGAGGACGUUCCCAGCCCUACCCUGAGGAGACCGCCGGUGCGCUCGGCCUCUGUCUCUCUCCUCCCAGAUGCCUUUCCACGCCGUUCGACCGCCACGGUUCUCCGAGACUUCCCUCUGACAACUUUCGAACGAGAGCCUCAAGUCUUGCGAAGCAUCUCAGUCCAAGGACGAGGGAGUUCUCUGGCCGUACCGGUCCUUCUCCCGGCCCAGGAGGACUCUCGGAUCCUUUUCCCCAAAGGGAGCUUGGACACGCCUUGCCACAAACAGAUUCACGUCGAACUCUGCGAGAGUCCCGGCACGGAGGACUGUCCGAUGAUCAGGAGCUGCUCCAAGACCGAAUGUUUCCGAGCAGGGCUGAGCCCCUCUUGGAGAGGGCAAGACAACCUGCAGAAAAACGGAAGCAAAGGGAGCACCAGCAGUUUCUUGAGCUCGCCCUCGGCCUCCUCGGGAUACGUCACGUUCCACUCGGAUUCGAUCAGCUCGGCCUCGUAGAUGCCGGAGUAGCCGGAAUUGCUUCGUACGCGGAUCUUCCAGGCAGUCUAGGACAACCCAACACAUCGUGGGAAAACUCAGGACAAUUCAACAAGGCGUCAGUCCUAUCGCUCCGUUACUUUGUGAUCGGCAGCCAUGUUUUUGUCGAAAUUUUUGUAACUCCCGUAUUUCUGCAAUGACUUUCUUUUGUUAUUAUGCGCCACGGAUCCGUCGAAAUUAACUUUUGUAUUUGUUGAGUUGUCCCAUGGCGAGUUGGCUGCCGUUCAGCUUCCAGAUUUGUUUCUUGCUCAACGGGACGCCCUCCGGUUGCGGUCUGGAUUUGGUAAACGGGAACUGGACAAAGCACCAAAGAACCUUUAUCUUGUCUCUGGUCCUGGUUGCCACAAGCAGGAGAGAGAGAGAGAGAGACGUUAAGCGGGAUGCUUUGGAGAGCAACCGUGUCAGCAAAGCACUUCGAAUCCAGACGGGUCCUGUCUCAGCUCGGGGCAAGGGAGGGUAACGCUCUCCUCUCUUCCUUUUCUACUGCAAGAACCCCCACAGCUCGUCCCAAAACGACGGACUUUUUGGUUUGGUUCAUUUUUCUAAUCAUCUCACAUUUCCUCCAAGAACUUUUCUAGGUAGAUGUUAAAUGUGCAUGUCUUUGGGUACUGAUUCUUCUCUCUGGGAGCACGGACGUGGGAGGAAGCUGUUGCCAAAAAAGAGCCCAGUUCCCCUUUAAGAAAAAGGCUGGGGACACGCUCCCAACUUUCUCAGUCCUUGCUCUGCAUUCCAAGGGACCCUCUUUACGAGCCAUGAGGGGAUGGUGGUGGUUGAGAUGCGCGUGGGGUCCAUUCUUCCAAAAUAGCGUCACGUGCGAGGGGUCCGUUAUUCCAGAAGUGUUGCAUGCACAUGGUCUGUUAUUCCAGAAUAAUGUCACGUGCAUGGCGUCCGUUAUUCCAGAAUAGGGUCGCAUUGAUGUGGUCAAUUAUUCUGGAAUAGUGUUGCAUGUGUGUGGUCCGUUAUUCUGGAAUAGUGUCGCAUGCAUGUAGUCCGUUAUUCCGGAAUAGCGUCAGCGUUGGGACUGGGACAAACUCUGAUUGUUUGCUAACAAGGUUGAAGGUUUCUCUCCUCUCAGGAGCAAAAUUUUAAGUCUGAUCCAGGAAAAAAUCCCUUUGGGUUCAUUCCCCAGCCCGCUAGUAGCCACCCUGCCUCCUGCUCAGUGCCAAAGCCUCACCCCACAUCCUGCACAGAGCCAGCCACAGCCCCAUAACCUCCCGAGGAGGGGAAAGGUUGCACGGAAAAUUGCAGCUUUCCUUUUGCAGCAUCCCACUCAAGCAAUUCAACCACCGGUGCAAUCCCUGCAGGAGGCGUUGCUCUGACCCAUAACCAGUGGGGUUGCUGCCCCAUAUCACGGGAUAUAGGUGUUGGGGGGGGGGGAGAAUGCUUGGAUCCCAACAGAUCCAGCUUUGAGGGGAACGUUUUAGGGCUGUUAAACUCCCUUACUGUGUACUAGGGGACACAAAGGUUACUUUUUCUCCUGCGUUGUGGAACAGAGUUUUUCCCCCCGUCUCACACCUGCCCUCCCCUUUCUCAGGGGUUCCUGCGUUGGAACCCUCUCCCCCCCACCAGAUGUUUUAACACCAGAUGUUUUAACAUCUGGUCAGUUCAGUGCAGGCCAAGGGAAUGGAUUUUUCUGCCCGAAUCCAGGUAGAUAUCUGCAUGUUCUUUGAUUUGAAAAUAAGUGGGAUGGGGGGGAAAUGAGCGCCUGGAGAGAAAGGGAGAGUAGAGAGCAAUGGCUGCUAAUAUUACAGGAGACUUUCGCCUUUUAAUUUCAUUUGUAUGCUGUCUUGAAUUUAAGGGGCCACCUGCCCCCCCCCAACGUCCUAGUUGUGCUAAAAAGUGAAAGUGCCCCUCUUUCUUCCUCUCUCUCUAUGGUUGGGAGCACGCCACUUUUCUGGACUUUUACCGAGCGUUCACAACAAGUGCCCUCACCGAUCAGUUCAGGGAUAGUUCGCUAUUUUGGACAAGAAGGGAGAUCUCUCCAUGCGAUCCAAUUAUUAAAAAAUUGUGCUGAGGCUGUGGUGGCCUUGGGAAGAUCCCACCCCCACCCCAAAAAAGCCAGUUUACACACUGUAAAACCAAAACGAUUUUUAUAGUUUGCUUCCCGGGCUCAAGACACCCCAAAAGAGAAGCUGAGUUUCCCAAACUGUAGAUAGUGGGAAUUUACAAAACAAAAAAUCAAAAUGAAGGCAAUAAGAUGUUUUUUUCUACUCCAAAAACACAUUUUAUCUGAAGUGGGUGUUGGUUGGUGCCAAAUCUAGACAAAUUGUGCCGUUUCUAUUGUUCUGGGCUUUUUCUUAAAAAAAAAAUCACACUCUUCCCCCAGCAUAUAACUCUAGGCCUAGUUUAUCUUUCACUCUGGUUAACGUCCAAAGCCUUGAAUUAUGACCAAUGCAAAAUUGGUGUCCUCUGUUCCUCUCCCUAAAAGCAAAAACAAAAAAGGCAGAAUAAGGAUAGAUCUAAAAACCGAAUUUAAUUCUGUUUUCUGUAGCUUGGAAUGGCAUCCAAACUUUAUGUGGGUUUGUCUUUCAAUCCACAAUUCCCAAUUUUGCACAUUUCAGAUGGGUGGACUUCCCAGAAUUCCCCAGCCAGCCACGCCCGUGUUGUUUUUUCCCACCCACCCUCUUCCCAGAACAGAGGGAUUGCAGUGGAAGGGGAUUAUAGGAGAGUAAUGACUGGCUGGGGAAUGCUGGAAGUUGAAGCCUACCCUCCUUCUGCAGCCAUCAGAUUUAGAUGCAUCCUCCUGAAAAAAAAAAAAACCAAUAUUCAUGAUGAGAAAACAACCACUAAGUGUCUUUAUCCUGGUAGACUGCCACUAAAUAUGGAAGCUCAAUUUCCUCAGUUCUAGUGUUGUAAAACCGUUCGCGUCUCCAAGCAGGAAGCGAGCUGUGUAAUAUCUAUGCAGAAUAUAAUCAGGCACCGUGCAUUCAAAAGUUUUACC